UUUUACCGUUUCCGCCUUGCUAUCCAAACUGCGGCUCCGGCGGAGCCACGGGUACCGCACUGCCCGCCUUCUCCCCCUCCCGCCCGGCCCGCCCCCCGCAUCGCCUCCCCGCCGACGAACAGGCCCGACCCCGCCGCCGCGGCCUUCUCUUCUCCUCCACUCUGCAGCCUCCCCCAGUCCACGCGCGCAGCCGCACGGCCUCAUUCCACUCCACCGUGCGCUCUCCGUCUCCGCGAGAACUCGAAUAUUUCCAAGGAAUUUUCAGUAUGCAACAAAUGGCCAUAUCUGCAUUCACUGCAAACCCCUCCUCAUCCUAUGGCAAUACCUUGUCGGGGUUGUGCUCCCGCUGGCCUGAAAUAUGGCGCAGGAGACAGGUUAGUAGCGGGAUUCGGGAGCAGGCGCAAUCGCAGUUGCAGUACCGGAAACUGGGAGAUUCAGACCUUGUCAUCAGUGAGGUCACACUUGGAACAAUGACAUUUGGACAGCAAAAUACAGAGAAGGAAGCACACGAUAUUCUUUCCUAUUCUUUCGAUCAAGGUGUCAAUAUUCUUGACACCGCGGAAAUUUAUCCAGUACCAACCAGUAAGGAGACUCAAGGAAGUACUGAUCUGUAUAUAGGCAGGUGGAUGCAAUCAAAGCCACGUGAAAAGAUAAUUCUAGCCACAAAAGUUGCAGGUUAUUCAGAGCGAUCUCCUUAUCUUCGGGACAAUGGAAAAGUGGUUCGAGUUGAUGCUGCCAAUAUCAAAGAAAGUGUUGAAAAGAGUCUUUCCCGCUUAUCUACAGACUACAUUGACUUACUUCAGAUACACUGGCCAGAUAGGUAUGUUCCGCUAUUUGGUGAAUAUAGUUACAACCCAACCAAAUGGAGGCCAAGUAUUCCAUUUGAAGAUCAGUUGAGAGCUUUCCAGGAGCUAAUUGAUGAAGGAAAGGUUCGUUAUAUUGGUGUUUCCAACGAAACUUCCUAUGGAGUAAUGGAGUUUAUAAAUGCUGCAAAAGUUCAUGGACUUCCAAAGAUUGUGAGCAUCCAGAACAGUUAUAGUCUACUUGUGAGAUGCGACUUCGAAGUUGACCUUGUUGAAGUGUGCCACCCAAAUAACUGUAAUGUUGGGUUGCUUGCUUACUCCCCGUUGGCUGGAGGUGUUCUCACUGGAAAGUACCUUGAUGCUAACCCUGACAUAUCAAAGAAAAGCAGGCUAAAUCUCUUCCCUGGCUACAUGCAGCGUUACAACGCAUCGUUGGCUAAAGUAGCAACGGACGAAUAUGUGAAGCUUGCCAAGAAGCAUGGCCUAACUCCAGUCCAGCUCGCACUUGGCUUUGUGCGUGACCGUCCAUUCACAGCCAGCACAAUCAUCGGAGCAACCACCAUUGAUCAGUUGAAGGAGAACAUUGACGCGUUUACCAGCGCUCCACGGCCUUUGGCUCCAGAAGUUCUUGAUGGCAUCGAGUCUCUGUUCAAGAGAUACAAGGACCCAACAAUUCUGUAGGUGUUUACCCAUCAAUUUUUCCUAUGAAGAUCCAUCCAUCAACAGAUACAAGAGUCCAGAAAUAGAUGAGCUCUUUGUGGUUCUAUUACCAUACCAUCCAUGCCAACAAAGCAUGGAUUUGUCUCUUCUACUGACUUCAUGGUUUCCUGUCACAAAUGUAUGCACCGCAUAUCCAUCAGUAUUUUGCUGUGCUGCAGACGUUUUUUGUGAUCGAUCCAUACUGAUUUCAUAAAGGCAUUGAUAAGACACUGAUGUACAGGUUGAAAACUACAAGUGGAUAGAAAGGAAUACAUUCAACAGCUUCA